AUGGACUCCCUGACCAAGAAGACCCUGAAUGUCUCACGCUCCUUGACAUACACAUACUAUCACCAUCCACCAGCCCAGCCAGAGAAGCCCACUGUACUGUGUAUCCAUGGCUUUCCUGACGAGGCUGCCGAGUGGGCAGACCUAGCAACAACCCACCUCAUCCCUGCUGGCUUCGGUGUAGUCGCCGUUGACUGUCUGGGAUAUGCUGGCACCUCCAAGCCCCUGGAUCCUGCCAUGUACGCUUUCGAACACAUGACAAAGGACCUCACAGAGAUUCUUGACAACGAGAAGUUGCAAAAGGUCGUCUCUCUGGGCCACGAUUGGGGCUGUGCUCUCGCUCAAAGAUUCUACAACUACUAUCCUGAUCGUGUUCUGGGACUCGUCAUGGUUAAUGUUGCCUACACCGCGCCUGGAGAUCAGCCCUUCAACCUCGAUGCAGCCAACGAGAUGACCAAGAAGAUCUUCGGUUAUGCCACUCUUCCUUACUGGUACCUGUUUUCCAGCGAGGACGGCUACAAGCUUCUUGAUGAGCACCUCGAGAGUAGUUUCACUAUGCUCCACGGCCCACCGGAGAGUUGGCUAGACACAGUCUGCAAGUACGACGGUGUCAAGGAUUUCUUGCUUGAAGACAAGAAGCAACAAACCGAACCUUAUGCUACCGAAGAGAUGAAGAAUGCAUACAUCACUCGCUUCAAGCGUGAUGGAUUUGCUGCGCCAACAUGCUGGUACAAGGCUAUGGUCGGCGGUCACCAAGACUUUCAAGCCAAGAAAGCCAAGGCCAUCACUGUUGACGUGCCUUCGCUUUAUGUUGGCUUCGACAAUGACAAGGUGUGUCGUGCCGAGUCAAUUGGCAUGGCGGUAAAAAAUGGUCUUUUGCCCAAGCUCACAAACGUCACGUUGGAAGGUGGUCACUGGGGCCUGCAUGCCAAUGCUGAGAAGUUUGGCAAGACUGUUGUUGAUUGGUUGAAGAAGGAGAUGUGA